GCUCUUCAGGCCAUCAUCACAUGGUAAAUGUGAGGCUGCUGCACGCUGCAGCCCUUCUUGGUCAAGGAACAAUUUUUGGAGAGAAAGCAUGCCAAGAUACACGGUGCACGUCCGAGGAGAAUGGCUGGCAGUGCCAUGCCUGAGCUCCACGAACACCAUUGAGUGGCUGGGAAAGGAAGCUGUGAGACGGUACAUGAAAAACAAACCUGACAAUGGGGGAUUUGCCUCAGCAGAAGAAGUGAAGUUUUACAUUCGAAGGUGCAAGGGACUCGGCUUGCUGGAUCUUGAUGAUACCGUGGGGGAUGCUCUAGAAGACAAUGAAUUUGUUGAAGUUGUUAUAGAAGGAGAUAUAAUGUCUCCAGAUUUCAUACCAUCUCAGCCAGAAGGAGUUCAUUUAUACAGCAAAUACAGAGAACCAGAACAGUAUAUUUCUUUAGAUGGCAACAGCUUAACAACGAAGGACUUGGUCAAUUUAGGAAAGGGACUCUACAAGAUAAAGCUUACACCUGAAGCUGAAACUAAAGUCAAAAAAUCACGAGAAGUGAUUGAAAGGAUUGUAAAAGAACAGACGGUUGUUUAUGGAAUCACCACGGGUUUUGGGAAGUUUGCCAGGACUGUCAUCCCAAACAGUAAUCUGAGGGAGCUUCAAGUGAACUUGGUUCGUUCACAUUCUGCAGGUGUGGGGAAACCUUUGACCCCAGAGAGAACUCGCAUGCUGUUGGCACUGAGAAUCAAUGUCCUAGCCAAAGGAUACAGUGGAAUAUCCCUAGAAACCCUCGAGCAAGUUAUUGAAGUGUUUAAUGCAUCCUGCCUUCCUUAUAUCCCAGAGAAAGGGACAGUUGGAGCCAGCGGAGACUUGGCCCCUCUCUCUCAUCUUGCUCUGGGAUUAAUUGGAGAGGGAAAGAUGUGGUCCCCGAAGAGUGGCUGGGCUGAUGCUAAAUAUGUCCUGGAAGCCCAUGGACUAAAACCAAUUACCUUGAAACCAAAAGAGGGUCUGGCCCUCAUCAACGGGACACAAAUGAUCACCUCACUGGGAUGUGAGGCGGUUGAAAGAGCCAGAGCUAUAGCGAGGCAAGCUGACAUCAUUGCUGCCCUUACACUGGAAGUCCUGAAGGGUACAACGAGGGCCUUUGACACUGAUAUACAUGCAGUGCGCCCGCAUCGAGGGCAGGCUGAAGUGGCCUUUCGAUUCAGGUCCCUUCUAGAUUCUGACCAUCAUCCAUCAGAAAUAGCAGAGAGCCAUAGAUUCUGUGACCGAGUUCAGGACGCGUACACAAUGCGCUGCUGCCCUCAGGUCCAUGGAAUUGUAAAUGAUACAAUUGCUUUUGUGAAGGACAUAAUGACGACGGAAAUCAACAGUGCCACAGACAACCCUAUGGUGUUUGCUGAAAGAGAAGAGACCAUUUCUGGAGGAAAUUUUCAUGGUGAAUAUCCUGCAAAGGCUCUGGACUAUUUAGCAAUUGGUGUGCAUGAACUCGCUGCAAUUAGUGAAAGAAGAAUUGAGAGACUCUGCAACCCCUCUCUCAGUGAACUGCCUGCAUUUUUAGUCACUGAAGGAGGUCUGAACUCAGGCUUCAUGAUUGCUCACUGCACAGCAGCUGCCCUGGUGUCUGAGAACAAAGCCUUGUGCCACCCCUCUUCUGUGGAUUCUCUCUCAACCAGUGCUGCUACAGAGGAUCACGUGUCCAUGGGAGGAUGGGCUGCAAGAAAAGCUUUGAGAGUUAUUGAACAUGUGGAACAAGUUCUGGCUAUUGAGCUGCUCGCCGCAUGCCAGGGCAUUGAAUUCCUCCGCCCUCUGAGAACGACAACCCCAUUGGAGAAGGUCUACGACCUUGUGCGCUCCGUGGUGAGGCCCUGGAUAAAGGAUCGCUUCAUGGCCCCAGACAUUGAAGCAGCUCACAGGCUGCUCGUGGAGCAGAAGGUGUGGGAAGUGGCUAAACCUUACAUUGAAAAGUACAGGAGGGAACACAUCCCUGAAUCAAGACCCAUUUCACCUACAGCUUUCUCCCUGGGAUCGCUGAGAAUGGGUGCAGAUGAUAGUCAUGACCACAGGCAUCAGAAUGAACUUUAAGAGUUGUGAUCCUCUGGAAGAGAGCAGGUCCUUUCCAGAACCUUACCUGAGCAUGGCUGUUCUACUCAAAAUCAAUGUGGUUUCUCCAGGCAACCUAGAGGACCUGUCUAGCUCAGAAGCACAAAUAGAUAGUAAAGAAAAGUCUCACUGCUUUCCUCAUGUGUAAAAGACAACUUUGUCAUGAUAGUGUGGUUUUGACUGAAUUUCAUGAACUUCUGAAUACAAAUCAUUCAGACUCCUGAUAGAACCAGUAUUUGUUUUGUCAACUUUUUGUUUGUUUUAUCUCCAUCAGUGCCAAUGAUACCAAACAACCUAAGUUUGAUAUUCUUACCUUUUUUCUCCCCUUUUGGGUAACUGCUGUGAUCCCCUUCAUUUUGCCACAAGCAAGAUUAUCUUUACACUUAGUUCUUUUCUCUUUUGCAGAUCAUACGUGAGGUAUAGUCUCUUGUAUAAGAGGAGCAUUUUUAGAGCAGGUGCUUCACAAAUCAGGAAAGCUGUGUGCACAGGAAUGUGCUAUGGAGAUCAUUGCUCCAGAACAAAUAUAUUCUGGUGAUAGACUACGUUUAAUGCAGCUUUCCAAGAGCUGUGGACUCACACCUGCAAUCAAUAAACUGAGGCUUAACAUACA